AUAAAGUAGAAAAUAAUGUUGUUUAAGCUUGUGCUGUUCUUUCUUCUCCUUGAAGGAUUUGUUGUUACAUCACAACAAGACUUUGGUUUCACCUACAAUGGUUUUCAAGGAGUUAACAUGAGCUUGGACGGCUUAGCCCAGAUUACAGACAAUGGUCUCCUAAUGUUAGCAAACAACACUUUGCAACAAAUGGGUCAUGCCUUCUAUCCCCAACCGGUUCACUUCAUGAAUUUCUCCACUGGUACUGCUCUCUCCUUCUCCACUACUUUUGUAUUUGCCCUGUUCUCUCAGUUUGCAAAAGUAGGUGGCCCUGGUUUCGCGUUUGUGAUUACACCCUCAAUAGACUUCUCAAAUGCUUUACCAGCCGGGUAUCUAGGCCUCUUCAACACCACCAACAUCGGUAAUUCAUCCAACCAUAUCAUCGCAAUCGAGCUCGAUGGCGUUGCAAACAGGGAGUUCAAUGACAUUGAUGGAAACCAUGUUGGUAUCGAUAUCAAUGACUUGAAAUCUGUUAAAUCUGCCACAGCUUCUUAUUUUAGUGAUGAAGAGAAUCAGCAUGUAAACCUAAGUCUCAGAAGUGGAAACCCCUUGCAACUCUGGGUAGAAUAUUCUGGUUCACUGAAGCAACUUAAUGUGACUUUAGCCCCUAUUAAUGUCCCUAAACCAAAGAUCCCACUCUUGUCCUACAAAAUUGAUCUUUCUAAGAUCAUAAAAAGGGAUCCCAUGUUUUUGGGUUUCUCCUCAGCUCUAUAUGGUUUGCCAGAAUCCUAUUAUAUAUUGGGAUGGAGUUUUAAAAUGAAUGGGAAAGCAAGAGAACUCACUCUCUCCCAACUACCUAAGCUUCCUCAUCAGAAAAAAAGACAUAAAACAAGCCCUAGGGUUUUUAGUGUUGGAUUUUCUGUGAUAGGUGCUACUUUACUGUUAAUUUCCAUCUUCAUCAUUCGAUUUAUAGUGAAAAGGAAGAAAAAGUUUGCUGAAGUGGUUGAAGAUUGGGAACUUGCUGAUUAUGGAACUUACAGGUUCAAAUAUAAAGAUCUCUACAUUGCCACCAAGGGAUUCAAGGACAAGGAGCUUCUUGGAACUGGUGGCUUUGGUUGGGUCUAUAAAGGUGUAUUACCCAAAUCCAAGACAGAAGUUGCUGUGAAGCGAAUCUCCCAUAAUUCAAGACAAGGAGGGGAGAAAGAAUUUAUUGCUGAGAUCAUUAGCAUUGGAAAAUUGAGGCAUCGGAGUAUAGUAACACUCUUGGGCUAUUGCCGACGAAAGGAAGAACUCCUUCUGGUCUAUGAUUUCAUGCCAAAUGGUAGUCUAGACAAACUCCUUUUUGAUCAAACAGCAACAAAGAUGGUGUUGAGUUGGUAUCAAAGAUUUCGAAUAAUCAAAAGCGUGGCAACCGCGUUGUUGUAUUUACAUGAAGAAUGGGAACAAGUUGUGGUUCAUAGAGACAUAAAAUCCAGUAAUGUCUUAUUAGAUAAGGAAUUAAAUGGAAGAUUAGGAGAUUUUGGGCUUGCAAGACUAUAUGAUCAUGGAACUAACCCUCAAACCACCCAUGUAGUUGGGACAAUUGGUUAUCUUGCACCAGAACUUUGUAAAACUGGCAAAGCAAACCCUAGUGUGGAUGUGUUUGCAUUUGGGGUUUUUUUGCUUGAAGUUGCUUGUGGUAGGAGACCCAUAUUAGAGCCAGCUGAAGCAUCUGAAGAGUGUAGAAGGGUGCUAGUGAAUUGGGUGAUCUCAUGUUGGAGUAGAGGCAUGAUUCUUGAUACUGUGGACUCAAAACUUGGGAUGAAUUAUGAAGUGAAGGAAAUGGAGUUGGUGUUAAAACUUGGAUUACUUUGCUCUCAUUCAAUUCCAACUAUAAGGCCAAGCAUGCGACAAGUCCUACGCUAUUUGGAAGGAGAGGUUCCUCUACCAGAUUUACUUCUACUGUGCCUUCAUCAGAAGGUUAAUUCUAGUGAUGUCUCUGUUUGUUGUCCUUCUGUUGGGAAUGCAAUGACUCUGUCCUCAUCAUCAAUUGCAGAAUCUGUACACUCUCGAGGACGUUGAG